GCUUCAGAGAUGUCAACAAGUCUGUUUAAAAUCGGAGGCCAUGGAGGAGUUGCAUUUUCGUUUACUGGUGAGAACGACUGUGCCAGUUUACAGAGGAUCUGGGUUUGGGUGGGAGGUUCGCAGGUGAAGGCUGUCAGAGUCUGGCUCACAAAUGGGAGAAAUGAAACCUUUGGAAGGCCAUCCGGAGACUACCAAGAGUACACGUUCAAGCCUGAUGAGCAUUUCACCUCUCUGUCUCUGUGGGGGAACGGAGCUGGAACUCGUCUUGGAGCCAUCAAAUUCAAGACCAGCAAGAAUGGAGAAUUUUUUGCAAAAAUGACAAGCUGGGGAUUGAAAACCGAAUACCCUAUCAAUGUCGGCUCUGGAUACUGUCUGGGAGUUAAAGGAAGAUAUGGAUAUGACAUUGACAGCAUGGGAUUUGUUUUUCUAAAUCCAGUUCAAUCAGUGGUCCUCACUAACGUCAAGUAUCCCACCAUUAACCGGAAGACUCCUGAAGUGACGGUGGAAACACUCCAUUCUAUGACUUACAAGAACAGCUCCUCCGUCAGCCAAAAAGAAACCAUUCAAAGCUGAAAGACAGUAACCAAGUCUGCGAGUGAAAGCAUUACCAACACAUUUUCUACAGACGUCCAGGCUGGGAUUCCAGGAAUUGCAAAAGUUUCAGCAGGAUAUUCUUUUACCAUUGGAAGAGAAAACACUUACAGUCAGGAGCAGACAGAUGAACGAACAGAAACUCUGUCUUCAGAUAUAGAGGUCCCGCCAGGGAAGAAGAUGGAAGUUAUAAUCACCAUUGGCAGAUCCAGUUUUGACCUGCCGUACACUGGCACAUUGAAGAUCACAUGCACCAAUGGCAGUGUGUUACAGUUUGAAACCAGGGGCCAAUAUAAUGGUUUAACUUACACUGAUAUCAAAGUGAACACGAAAGAAUCCAACCUUUAA